UUUGAGGAAGUCCUGCCGUUGUGACGCUGUCCGCCGCCGCUCCGCCUUCGCCUGUGAUUGUGCUUGUCCUUCUCCCGCGGCGCCAUGAAGUGUGAGGCCCAGAGCGACCAGGACGCCCUCACGGACAUCGUGCUCUACGCGCUGAUGGGCGUGAGCGCGGGCGCGGCCAGGGGCAUGCCGGACGCCAGUGGGAUGCAGACGACGCUGCUGUCCAUCCUGCGGGACCUCCUGAUGGAGAGCGGCACGCCCCCGCCGCCCUCGCUGGACCGCCUCCUGGCCAGGACGCGCAGGAACCAGCAGCGAAGGGCGCGGCGCCGCCAGCGGGACGCCCUCCGCCAGCAGCAGCAGCAGGCGGGCGGCGCGGCGGGAGGCGCCGGCGGGCCCAGCCGCACCCCGGCGACGCCCGCAGGAUGAGAGCCCCGCUCACGCCCCCGCCGGCGGCCCCCCAUGCCCCCCUCCCGCAGCAGCUCCCGAUGCCAGGCCUUCCGAUGCCGCGUUCGGGCGGGGCCCCCCCCCAGCUGCCCCCGGCGCCCUCCCGCACCCGCUGCAGAGCCAGCUGCGCAACAGCAACGUGGAGGGCAACCAGCUGGCGCAGAUGCUCGCCCAGAGGAACCUCGCGUCGAUGCCGCCGCUCCUGCCGCAGCAGCAGGGCGCGGCGCCAGUUGCCGGCUCGUCCCAGGAAGGUCGUCGGCGCCCUCGGCAACCCCGCCCCCCUCGCGAUCCCUGGUGCCCUACCGACCCCCACUACAGACAGGAGGGUGACAACGAGGAGUGACGCCCUUGGCAACACUGGUGCUGGCUUGUGACGACCUCAGAAGUGGCAACGCUGCUUGCGGAUCCGUGGCGUUGGCAGAGCUGUUCGAUUAUUUUUUUGAUCUUUUAAAAAAUAGUUUUGUGUUGAAUGUGUUUAUAUGUUUAUUGUUAUGUAUUAUAUG